UACAGUCACUUUUUUUUUCACUGCGAAAAAGUUUGACGUGAGAGCCUACAAAAUUUUCGAGUGCACUUCAGUAUAGAAAAAAACACUCAAUAACCAUCUACAUGUAACAUGUUCUCAUUGAAUUCUAUAAACACCCAAAACCAGAUUUUAGUUAGUUUUAGCCAAUUAUCUUCAAGAUAUUCAAGUGUUUUUCGACAUCGUAAGCAUAACAACGGGAAAAAUAAAAAUGUGAGGGGGAAAGAGGGUUUGUUUGCUACAUAUGACGCAACAAUUUGUCAGGAAAGCCUCGAGGAGAGUCUCAGGAACUUUGAUAAGAAUGUCUUAAGUGAGAUGAAAACCAUCGACCUUCGUACCCUGGCGACGAGGGCAUGGCGGCCGGCGGCUCGAGACCUCGCCUCCGUGCGCAAGGUGUCGCACAUAUCCGCAGAUUCCUUCGAAAAGAACAAGAACGGAUGGACCGACAUGCCGACCGUCACUGUCGAUGUACGCUCCAAAAACACCAGGUUCAGUUUCACGGACAACUUCUUGGGCCUGCUGGCGAACAGCAUCCACGAUAGCCAGUUCAAGUACGCGGUGCAGGUGCGCGGCUUCAAGACCGAGCGCGGGAUACACGCAGACAUGAAGCGGAACCCUAAUAUCAUUAACAGACUACGCCUCGGCGCCCACGAUCAGUGCGACAACAAGCAGCAGGCGGGUCCCGAGGUAGCCCGCCUGGAGAAACUCCUCAACGAAGAGUCGCAGCACCUCACGCAUCAGCAGAAGGAUAAGAUCAAGAUUGCCUUCGCCGAGGGGUAUCUAGCUGGUUCGCACCCGGACAACGUGCGCGGCACCAAGGCCUCCAAGUACCUGAAGCUGGUUCAGCAGCUGCUGACCAUCGUGCUGUUCCUCGCCAUCUUCGUGAGCCUCAUGGCUUCCGUCAGCGGCACUGUGUUCAGAAUCCAACUGGGAAACCAGGUCGAGGUAGACCCAGAAGACAUAUCCGUGACCUUCGAUGACGUCAAGGGCGCUGACGAGGCCAAGCAGGAGCUCAAGGACGUCGUGGAGUUCCUGAAGUCCCCCGAGAAGUUCUCGAGCCUGGGCGGCAAGCUGCCGAAGGGCGUGUUGCUGGUGGGUCCGCCGGGCACGGGCAAGACGCUGCUGGCGCGGGCCGUGGCGGGCGAGGCGCGCGUGCCCUUCUUCCACGCCGCGGGGCCCGAGUUCGACGAGAUCCUCGUCGGCCAGGGCGCCCGCCGCGUCAGGGACCUCUUCAAGGCCGCUAAGGAGCGCGCUCCGUGCGUGAUAUUCAUCGACGAGAUCGACUCUGUGGGCGCCAAGCGGACCAACAGCGUGCUACAUCCUUAUGCUAAUCAGACAAUCAACCAACUCCUAUCGGAGAUGGACGGCUUCCACCAGAACGAGGGCGUCAUCGUGUUGGGCGCAACCAACAGGCGCGACGACCUCGACCAGGCGCUGCUCAGGCCCGGCAGGUUCGACGUGGAGGUGAACGUCCCGACCCCGGACUACGGCGGGCGGCGCGAGAUCCUGGAACUGUACCUGGCGCGGGUGAGGGCACAUGCGGAGGUGGACUGCGACGUGCUGGCCAGGGGGACCACCGGCUUCACCGGGGCAGACCUCGAGAACAUGGUCAACCAGGCCGCGCUCAAGUCAGUACACACACACACACACACAUACACAUACAGAGGGGACUGCGACGUGCUGGCCAGGGGGACCACCGGCUUCACCGGGGCAGACCUCGAGAACAUGGUCAACCAGGCCGCGCUCAAGUCAGUACACACACACACACACACAUACACAUACAGAGGGGACUGCGACGUGCUGGCCAGGGGGACCACCGGCUUCACCGGGGCAGACCUCGAGAACAUGGUCAACCAGGCCGCGCUCAAGUCAGUACACACACACACACACACAUACACAUACAGAGGGGACUGCGACGUGCUGGCCAGGGGGACCACCGGCUUCACCGGGGCAGACCUCGAGAACAUGGUCAACCAGGCCGCGCUCAAGUCAGUACACACACACACACACACACACACACAUACAGAGGGGACUGCGACGUGCUGGCCAGGGGGACCACCGGCUUCACCGGGGCAGACCUCGAGAACAUGGUCAACCAGGCCGCGCUCAAGUCAGUACACACACACACACACACACACACACAUACAGAGGGGACUGCGACGUGCUGGCCAGGGGGACCACCGGCUUCACCGGGGCAGACCUCGAGAACAUGGUCAACCAGGCCGCGCUCAAGUCAGUACACACACACACACACACACACACACACACAUACAGAGGGGACUGCGACGUGCUGGCCAGGGGGACCACCGGCUUCACCGGGGCAGACCUCGAGAACAUGGUCAACCAGGCCGCGCUCAAGUCAGUACACACACACACACACACACACAUACAGAGGGGACUGCGACGUGCUGGCCAGGGGGACCACCGGCUUCACCGGGGCAGACCUCGAGAACAUGGUCAACCAGGCCGCGCUCAAGUCAGUACACACACACACACACACAUACACAUACAGAGGGGACUGCGACGUGCUGGCCAGGGGGACCACCGGCUUCACCGGGGCAGACCUCGAGAACAUGGUCAACCAGGCCGCGCUCAAGUCAGUACACACACACACACACACACACACACAUACAGAGGGGACUGCGACGUGCUGGCCAGGGGGACCACCGGCUUCACCGGGGCAGACCUCGAGAACAUGGUCAACCAGGCCGCGCUCAAGUCAGUACACACACACACACACACAUACACAUACAGAGGGGACUGCGACGUGCUGGCCAGGGGGACCACCGGCUUCACCGGGGCAGACCUCGAGAACAUGGUCAACCAGGCCGCGCUCAAGUCAGUACACACACACACACACACACAUACACAUACAGAGGGGACUGCGACGUGCUGGCCAGGGGGACCACCGGCUUCACCGGGGCAGACCUCGAGAACAUGGUCAACCAGGCCGCGCUCAAGUCAGUACACACACACACACACACAUACACAUACAGAGGGGACUGCGACGUGCUGGCCAGGGGGACCACCGGCUUCACCGGGGCAGACCUCGAGAACAUGGUCAACCAGGCCGCGCUCAAGUCAGUACACACACACACACACACAUACACAUACAGAGGGGACUGCGACGUGCUGGCCAGGGGGACCACCGGCUUCACCGGGGCAGACCUCGAGAACAUGGUCAACCAGGCCGCGCUCAAGUCAGUACACACACACACACACACAUACACAUACAGAGGGGACUGCGACGUGCUGGCCAGGGGGACCACCGGCUUCACCGGGGCAGACCUCGAGAACAUGGUCAACCAGGCCGCGCUCAAGUCAGUACACACACACACACACACAUACACAUACAGAGGGGACUGCGACGUGCUGGCCAGGGGGACCACCGGCUUCACCGGGGCAGACCUCGAGAACAUGGUCAACCAGGCCGCGCUCAAGUCAGUACACACACACACACACACAUACACAUACAGAGGGGACUGCGACGUGCUGGCCAGGGGGACCACCGGCUUCACCGGGGCAGACCUCGAGAACAUGGUCAACCAGGCCGCGCUCAAGUCAGUACACACACACACACACACAUACACAUACAGAGGGGACUGCGACGUGCUGGCCAGGGGGACCACCGGCUUCACCGGGGCAGACCUCGAGAACAUGGUCAACCAGGCCGCGCUCAAGGCUGCGAUAGACGGCGCCAAGACGGUGUCCAUGAAGUACCUGGAGGACGCCCGGGACAAGGUGCUCAUGGGCCCGGAGAGGCGCUCGCGCCUGCCCGACGAGGAGGCCAACACCAUCACCGCCUACCACGAGGGCGGCCACGCCAUAGUCGCCUACUAUACCAAGGACUCACAUCCUUUACACAAAGUGACGAUCAUCCCGCGCGGGCCGUCGCUCGGACACACCGCCUACAUACCCGCCAAAGAGAGGUAUCACGUGACGAAGCAGCAGCUGUUAGCGAUGAUGGACACCAUGAUGGGGGGCCGCGCUGCUGAGGAACUGGUCUUCGGCCCUGAGAAGAUCACGUCAGGGGCGUCGUCGGACCUGAAGCAGGCGACCUCGAUAGCGUCCCACAUGGUCCGCGAGUGGGGCAUGAGCGAGAAGGUGGGGCUGCGCACCAUGGACUCCUCGCGAGGCAUGCAGCCGCAGGAGCAGCUCGGACCCUACACCAACGAACUGGUUGACGGUGAAAUAAAAAAGAUCCUGUCGGACAGCUACGACCGCGCCAAGGCCAUCCUGCGCACGCACGCUAAGGAACACAAGGCCUUAGCCGAGGCCUUGCUCAAAUACGAGACGUUAGACGCGGACGACAUCAAAGCCAUAAUGAACGGUGAGAAAGUGAAAAUAGAGCGUCUAGGGCGCGCCACCAAGGACUCGUCCCCGAGCUCCGCCCCCAGCGCGCCCUCGGGGGCGGGGCUACUGGGCGCGCCACACCCCGCGCCCGCCUAGCCGCCCCGCCCCGCCCUCCGCAGCAACCCUCAGCCCCGCCCACUAACCAACGGGAGGCGGGGGUUUAAAGACUGUUCCAUCUAGCCCCGCCCACUAUGGGAGGGGCUUUUAGAGGCCCGCCUCGACGGUGGCAAACCCCGAGACAACAAACGUGCAAGUUGAAAAUUUUGCAGGCACCAAGUGUAAACAUUUGAAAUAAAAAUAAGUAAAACAUGCUACGAUUGUACGCGUUUGAUUGUAGCUAGAUCUUGUAUGCUUUGGCCGUUUUGUCCAGUAAUAUUGUUAGUCUACACAGUCCCACUGCUGGGCAAAGGCGUCUAAUAGUAUAACCGAAGUGCGCAGUUCAUAAAAUAGAAAAUUUGUAAGAAAAAGAUUGUGUUAUACAAAUGUCGACUUUAUUCACUUUGUUAUAAGAUUGAUUAUGAAUUACACAGUGUUAUGAAAUUAAAA